AUGGCUUCCCAAAGUGAUAAUCAAUCAUGUAUCGUACACAUUAUGGUCGUUGGAUUUCAUCACCAAUAUGGAGCUGAGGUAGAGUUUGUGUAUCCUCCCUUAAUUGUUGAUACUUUGAAAAAGAAUGAAAGUACUGGUAUUCCGAUGCCCGAUCCUUGGCAAGAUUUGCCUAAUCUAUGUAUUCCUGAUGGUGCUCAUACUGUCAAAGAAGUAAUAUUCGUUCUUCUUGUACACGUUAACAUGUUCGCUUAUCGUUUGAAAGAUGCAACAUUUUUCCACGUACCUGACAUUGAUGAUAAAGGAAUUCCUACUACUGGAACACUGUAUGGAGUAUCUCAUUAUAGGAGUAUAGAAACAAAGGACCUAAUUAAUAAGGACGAGUCUAUGACUCGAACAGAGGUUAAAAAGAGCGUCUGCAUUUUAUCAAAAGUGGUAAUUAUACGAACAUACUUUGAGGAGAAAGACUUUACCAAGACUUCGAUCUUAGAGGACGCCUUUAAAAGUUUAACUCAAACGAUUUCUUGGAAAAUGCUUGAUAAAACUUAUAUUAAUGCAGGGUUGUCGGUUAGAGAUACGUUCAAACGCUUUAAGGGAAAACUCGUUUCGUUAUUUAAGUUAUUGCUACUGGAAAAAAAGGUCUUAUUUUACGGCUCACCCGUAAGAACAACGUGUCGUACGAUGUUGUCAGCUUUGUCUUUAAUCCCAGGUGUUACGGAAUUAUUAAUUCCCCGAUUACUAACUUGUCAAAUGGCAAAAAUUAGCUGUAAGUGGCAUGAUGGCGAACUUUCGGCUGAUGAAUAUGGGCUACCUCUAGAAAUUUUCCAUCAGGUAGAGAAAGGAGUUAUUGAAGUAAGAGAUCCGUCUCUUACCCGAGCGUUAUCGCUAACAACUGAAGACCUCCGAUUCACUGAAUACUUAUCGCAAUAUAUUACAUCUAAGUUUAGUGCCAAAGGGAAUAGAUCAGAUGCCUCGCAUAACUUUGAGAUUCUAACGGAUUUCAAUCACACUUUCGUUAAUCAAUGGAAAGCAACUGAUAGUUAUCAUAAAUGGAAGAGCGGUAGUUAUACCAAGCUUGAUGAUGUCCCUGUUGGACACCCGUUUAAAGGUUCAUAUACGUUAUCCGAUGUCAAAAUGAGAUUAUCUUACCAAUUACAAGACGUACAAUUAAUGGAUCAGGAGCAAAGCAAGAAAUUGAAUCAAGCAGUCUCUAAUACUGGGAAGGCAGUUGGAGGGGCUCUUGCAAGUGCGAAAAGUAAGGUAACAAAUUGGUGGUUUAAGGGUAAUGAUUCAAGCGAUAGUGGAGAUAGAGAAAAUUCUACGAAAGAAUAUAUUAGAGCGAAAGAUAUCCCAAUUUCAGCAACGGAAGGAGACGAACAUGAGCGACAGGAAUUACUUCCCGACAAACCACAGCAGGUGGAUGCUCCCGACCCGUUCGUAGUUGACGACGAUGAUGAAGAUAUCGAUAUUGAUGUAUUACUAUCGAGAGGGACAACAACAACAACAGCAAGCAGUGAAGAGAAUCAUUAA